AUGGCUCGCCUGACGUCAUCAUGGUGGAUGCUGACGCUUCUGGUGCUUCUCCCGGCGCUCGCCACGUCAGCUUUCGCUGCAGAAGCUUCUGGCGAAGCUGCUACGGAUCCCAAGCUGGAUCCCGCUCCCAUUACUCCUCCUUUUUCGGGAAAUGAGUUCGUCGUGCCCGAGUCCUUCCUCUACCCCAUGUUCGGCCCUCCCGAUGGUCCCGCUGGUCCUCGCGGUCCUGCUGGUCCUGGCGGUCCUGGUGGUCCUUGGGGCCCUGGCGGUCCCGGCGGUCCCGGCGGUCCUGACGGGCCUGACGGUUCGCACGGCCCUCCUCGCGAUCCCUUCAGCGGCCCAUUCUUUCGUCCCAGCAGGCUUGAUGGGCCGGACAGGCCCUCCCGGCCUGACCACAGGCCCUCCCGGCCCGACCACACCGACAGGCCCUCAAGGCCCGACUGGCCGCACGGAUCCCCACGCGAACUUUUUGACGACCCAUUCUUUGGUUCCAGCGGGCUUGAUGGGCCGGACAGGCCCUCCCGGCCCGACCACCCGGACAGGCCCUCCCGGCCCGACCACCCUGACAGGCCCUCCCGGCCCGACCACCCGGACAGGCCCUCCCGGCCCGACUGGCCGCACGGUUCCCCGCGCGAUUUUUUCGCUUCCGCCGACGACGGCUCAGACGGACCCCGUCGGGGCGGACCCUUCGGUUUCUUUGAUCCCCACCACCCCCCGUUCGGCCCGCAUCCCCAUCCGCGCCCGCCCUUCGGCCCGCACCCGCCCUUCGGUCCGCACCCAGACGCGCACCCGCACCCGCACCCGCCGUUUCCGCCGCCUCCCCCUCCCCCGGGCGCGAUUCAGCUGACGUUUGAGCUGCUGGCGGCUGCUGGGCGCGCGAUGGGCGCGCUGUACCACCCGGGCGUGCAGGCGGGGGGGGACGAACAUACUUGCGGAGAGUGCGUCACGAGGGCGACUGAGGUGCUUCUGAAGGCUCUCUCCAACGACAUCAACACCACCAUCUGUGCUGAAGACGCUCCUUCAGCAGCAACAGACCCUCCUCACCGCCACUUCUGUCGCCUCUUUACCAACCUCACCACAGCAUCAGCCAUUGGCGUAUUCUCCAACCUCCACAUCAACCCUCUCUCCAUGGCUGUUUCGGUCUGUGCUGAUUCCGGGUCCUGCAUGCCCAAGCCUCACCCUCCCGAAGCGACUUCCGAGCCUGCUUCCGAACCUGAGGGCUUGGUCGAGGAGCAGGCUGUUGCUGAGCCUGGUGUCGAGGCUGAUACGGUUGAGGUGGUUGCUUCGGAUGAUGCACCUGUCAAGAUUCGCGUCGCAACGCCAUCACGCCGCCUCCUGGGGCACGGCCAUGCGCGCAUGGACAUGGACAUGGGAGGCGUGCACAUGGCCAUCAACAGCAUCGGCAUGGUCAUGUCAUCAUCCCUCCCGGAACCUUCCGAGGAUGCUUCCACUGGUGCUGCCGUUGAAGGAGCAAACAACAGGGAGACAGAGGAAGGAGAUGAAGGAGGCGAAACCUGCGACACGUGCAUCAUCGAGGGCUUUCAUCUGAUCGAACAGUCAGUUCGCGCCAAGAUCAAGUGGAUCUGCAGCCACGCGGAGGACGAGCACGCGCCCCCGCACAUCAGGGCAAUGUGCCGCUUCAUCCACCAGUACCCCUACCUCGCUAUGGUCAUCUCCGUUAUCCACAUCAAGCCCUGGGAGAAGGUGGUCCCGGCGUGCUUUCACAUGGGCGCGUGCAGGCCUCCCCACCCUCUUCCCCAUCCUCCGCAACCUCCCCAUGGGCCCUGCCCUUCUGGGGAAGACUGUCCCCCUCCCCCCUGCCCGCCUGGGGAAGACUGUCCCCCUCCGCCCUGCCCCCCUGGAGAAGAUUGUCCCCCUCCCCCCCCCUGCCCCCCUGGCCAGGAUUGCCCUCCUCCGCCCUUCCCCCCUCCCCCUUGCGCCCACACUCCCCUCCCCAACAACUCUGUCCCCCUCCCCAUCCUUUCCACUCUAGACCUUAACAUUUUCCGACCCCCUCCGCUAUUCCCUCCUCCAUUCGCCCCUCCCUUCGCCCCUCCCUUCGCCCCUCCCUUCGCCCCUCCCUUCGCCCCUCCCUUCGCCCCUCCCUUCCUCCCCCCUUUCCCUCCUCACCCGUCCGGUCCUCCUCCCCCACCAUGCUCCCUCUUUGGUUUCCUCCGUGCUGCGGGAAGCUUCCUGGCCCGCGUCCUCGGUUUCCCCCCGCCUCCUCCCCCCCCUCCGCCGCCCUGCCCUGGGAACGAACCCGGGGGGCUGUUAGCGAAGUAUCUCUUAGCUGAGAGUCAGAUUGUGGGGAAAGUUGCGGCAGAAGAGAGUGGAAAGGGGAUUUGGGAAGAUCCGAGCAUUGGGUUCGCGAGUGCGGAUGGUUUUGGAUAUGCCGAUGCUGCUGCUGCUGCUGAAACUGCUUCUGAUGCUGCUGUGGAUGCGCGUGCCGAUGCUGCUGGAGAAGAUCUUGGAUUUGAUUCUGGGAUGGUGAGGGUGAUGCUGGAUAGCCCUGAUGGAACGGCAGGUGGCGGAGCCUAG